UCAAAGGAUAGGCAGGCUUCCCUCUUGUGCACUCCGCCCGCCCCGGCUUCCAGCACGUCCGGACACGACAACCAGCUUCAGCUUGGUUACUCUUUGUUGUACCGUUAAUCCAAUAAAUAAAUACUGUAACCAAGAUUCCAGAUGGGUUUGGUUUUGCCAAAGACUAUGAAAGUUUGUAUUGCUUGUGGGCUAUGGCUUCGUAUGUGCUCACUUUCUUCUUGUUGCUAUUGUCUCACAUCUAAUCUUUGAUCAGCCGAACACGGCCCAUCUGUUUUCGGUGCUUCUUUAAUGCGAUAAGAACAAGAAUAUGAAGUGUUGUUCGGUUUGGGAAUUGGGAGUAUCGUCGAGAAAGGGCUUCGAAGAAAGGUUUGGUUUUUCGGGGGAGGCGGAGGGGUUUUGAGAAAUGGAUUGUUUCCCGUGUUUUGAAUCAAGGGAGGAGGAAAACCUCACUCUGGAUAAACAAAGAGAACAUCGCAAGGAAACCCAUCAAACCAUCCACUCCAACAUAUCUAGAUUGUCUUCUGGAGCAGAAAGACUCAAAUCAAGAAGCAAUGCUGGACCGAGAAGGGUGUCAUUGGCUCCAAAGGAUGCACCUGAGGUUAACAUUGCUGCCCAAACAUUCACCUUCCGUGAACUUGCUGCAGCAACAAAGAAUUUUAGGCCAGAGUCUUUCUUAGGAGAAGGAGGAUUUGGGUGUGUGUAUAAAGGGCGACUUGAAAGCACUGGACAGGUUGUUGCAGUCAAGCAAUUGGAUAGUAAUGGGCUUCAGGGUAACAGGGAAUUUCUUGUGGAAGUUCUCAUGCUUAGCCUUUUGGAUCAUAAUAAUCUAGUGAAUUUGAUUGGGUACUGCGCUGAUGGGGACCAGCGACUUCUUGUUUAUGAAUUCAUGCCGCUAGGGUCUUUGGAAGAUCACCUUCAUGAUCUUCCACCAGACAAAGAACCACUAGAUUGGCACACAAGAAUGAAGAUAGCAGCUGGAGCAGCGAAAGGUUUGGAAUACCUCCAUGACAAAGCAAACCCUCCAGUAAUUUAUAGGGACUUCAAGUCCUCAAACAUAUUAUUGGAUGAAGGAUACCACCCAAAGCUUUCUGACUUUGGGCUUGCGAAACUUGGACCUACUGGGGACAAGUCUCAUGUUUCAACCAGGGUCAUGGGCACCCAUGGUUAUUGUGCUCCUGAGUAUGCCAUGACAGGGCAACUGACAGUGAAAUCAGAUGUUUACAGCUUUGGAGUUGUUUUCUUAGAACUUAUUACCGGACGUAAAGCCAUUGACAGCACCCGAUCCACUGGAGAACAGAACCUCAUAACAUGGGCUCGCCCCUUGUUCAAUGACCGUAGGAAGUUUGCAAAAUUGGCUGACCCACGACUUCAUGGUCAGUAUCCUAUGAGGGGUCUCUACCAAGCUCUAGCUGUGGCAUCAAUGUGCAUCCAGGAGCAGGCUGCUGCCCGUCCUCUUAUCGUGGACGUAGUCACUGCCCUCUCUUACCUGGUAAACCAGGCUUAUGAUUCCAAUAAUGCUGCAAUACAUAGCUACAGGCUCUUGGGGGACGAGGAUGAGAAAAGAAGCAAAGAUGACAGUGACAAAGGUGGGAGGAUAUUGAAAAAUGAUGAAGUGGGAGGAUCCAGGUCUGAAAGAGAUGAUGCUCCAAGAGAAACAAGAAGGAUUUUGAAUCGGGACCCUGAUCGAGAGCGAGCUGUUGCAGAGGCCAAAAUGUGGGGAGAAAAUUGGCGGAAAAAAGACAUCAAAUAGCUCGAGGCAGUUUCGAUGGGACUAAUGGGUAAAAUCUCCAAUUGUACAUCUUCGGGCUUCAUCUUAUACCCCAGCUCAUUAUCUGCCUACAGAAACAUGUAGGGAACCUUUCUUUGAGCAAAUGGCUCAUAGGAAAGAGACUUGUGGAUGAAACAUUUACUUCUUAAAUUCCUUUUUUCUUUUCUUUUCUGGAAUAUAGAAAAGGAAAACUAGCACAAGCAAAGACUGUAUAUUUAAGCUAGAAGAAUGAGGAGCGGAAGAUUGUGAUUUUAUUCAUAAGAUUUGAGACUAAAAUCAUCUGACUUUAUCCUUCUGCGGGCUAUAGAAGAUCUGUGCCCCAGAAGACAUUAUAGAUUGUGUUAAAGAAAAAGCUUGCUGUUUCCAAGUUUGAGCUCGAACAAAUUAGUUCCAGCAUUCUUGCUUGUAAAGAAUUAUGUCUUGUCCUUAAAUUUCCACAUAUUUUAAUUUCCUCGUUU